CUGAGCCGCUCUAUUGCUGGGGAUAAUGCCUGCACACUCACAAACACUGCACAGAGCCCAGAAAGGAGAUCAGCGUAUUGUUUCUUAAACUACUCAAGAGUGAAAAGUGCUUCUCCAAAAGUGUCAGCAAACACAGGUUACCACGAUGUCAAGCGGAGUUGUAGGUCGUCUGAGCACCUUGACGAUCGAUAUUAAGCAGUUACUUGGCCUGCCUCAUCCCUUCCUUUCUCUUCAACCCUUGCCGGCCCCUCAGGCCACAGUGGGAGCCUCAAACGUGCCCAGCUUGUUCCGUGAGCCCUAUAUCCAUUCAGGUUACCGUCCUGUAGGCCAGCCGUGGCACUGCUAUGCGCUCAGCCUCUUUCAAAGCCACAAUGAGUUGCUGAAUGUCUGGUCACACCUUAUAGCUCUACCCGCUGUGCUGCUGCGCUUCUGGGUCUUUGCUGCAACAAGAGACCUGCCUCUGGACGCCUCAUCGCUGCCCCUUUGCCUCUACAUCCUUUCAAUUCUGACCUACCUCACAUGUAGCACUCUAGCCCAUUUGCUUCAGUCUCACUCAGAGCUCUCACACUAUUCCCUCUUCUUCCUGGAUUAUGUCGGCGUGGCUGUGUAUCAGUAUGGCUCGGCAUUGGCAAAUUAUUUUUACUGCGCUGAGGAGGAGUGGAGCCAGAGCCUGGUAGGGACAUUGUUUCUGCCUGGCGCUGCUCUACUAGGAUGGUUGUCAUGUGCCAGCUGCUGCUUUGCCAAGUUGCGCUAUCGCCGUCCGUACCCGCUGCAAAGGAAGAUCUUUCAGAUUGUGCCUGCUAGCCUGGCAUACAUGUUGGACAUCAGCCCUGUAGCACUCCGGUUAGCCACUAGAUCCUGGCAUGAGCCUGUGCUGGUGCUGCAUGCCCUGCAAGUGACCUUCUUCCUGAUGGCUGCCUUCUUCUUCUCAUGCCCGGUACCUGAACGCUUUUUUCCAGGGAAGUGUGAUAUUAUAGGACAUGGACACCAGAUCUUUCAUAUCUUUCUGGUUAUGUGCACUAUGUGCCAAAUGGAGGGGAUUUUUCAGGAUUUCUUGGGGCAGAGGAGCACGGUAGUGCAGCUGCGUGGAGAGUCGAGCAUCUGGCUAGCCACAGGCUUUUUCAUUGUCCUGGUGCUAUGCAGUACACUGACAGCAGUUGGAAUGAGACAGAGUGUCCAAAGGCAGCUGCAGAAAGAAAGAAUGAGGAGCGAAUGAAGACAAAUUUGGGUGUUCCGCAGGGCUACCAAACGGUGCUGUUCUAACACACAUUAGAUUCAGGACACAAAGAGUACUGUAUGAAUAUGGGUAAGGAUGUGCCUUGUCAUAUAACCUGUUA